UUAAAUCUUAAGACCAAGGAAUAUUAAGAGUUAAUAACAGUUAAUAACUGUUAAUAACACGCACAACUUUAGCAUGUAUGAAAUAAAGUUAUUUGGCAAUAAGUCGCCAAUAUUGUUUUCUGAAAUAACUCUGAAACAGAAAGCCAUCCUUAAAUCAAAACUCACAUAGGUAAUAAAAAUGUAAUAGGAGGGUAUUUCUUGCAAUUCCUGAACAAACUUAUUUAAAACCCCAAAACGUGAAACAAGAUAUUUACAAUAAACUGGGUUGACAGUUUGACAGUUUUAAGCUAACCGGAGCUUGUUAGCUUAGCCUUAAUAAAUUAUUGUACACGAUGUGUAGUUGCUACUAGCAUUAGCGUAACAUAUAUUUGAUAAAUUAUGGAAACAAACAGCCUCUCUGAAAAAAAUGUGUAUCCUAUAGAGCAAAAAAAUACGUUGCCUUUAUAAAUAUUAGCAUUAGCUUUAGCCAUUCCACCAAACCGGCAGUACAACAUGUCAAAAGCUAAAUGUUUAUUGGCUAAACAAAAAAGAACAGCCUUCCUAUUGGCUACAAUAUCUGUCAAAUGUCUAACACGUCAUACACCCGGAAUUGUUUCCUAUAGCAAAAGCAACAGUCCUCGUAAACAGAUGGCUGUUAUUCGCUAAAUGAGCAUAAUUUUCGAUAUAUUACGUUUUCUUACUUUUCUUCUUCUCUUCGUUUGUCGCCGAGUCGUCUGACGGAGGCGUCACAUGGGAAAUAAUACUUUAACCUGACAGUUGAAAUCUACAGUCCUGUUGAACCUGUCACCCACUCCUCCUCCUCACAAUCGGAUCAUUCAGGCAACAACAUGGCAAGCGUUGGCAGGCUCUCCACCAAGGAUGCAGUGCUCUUCCUGUGUGACAUGCAAGAGAAGUUCAGACCCAACAUCUUCCAGUUCACCAACAUUGUCAGCAAUGCGGCCAGAUUGCUCCAGGCCAGUCGUGUUCUGGGCAUCCCCUCCAUUUUGACAGAGCAGUACCCUAAAGGUUUGGGUCCCACAGUACCAGAGCUGGGAGCAGCAGGUCUGACAGCUCAUGCUAAAACUUCAUUCACCAUGAUGAUAGAGGAGGUGGAGAAGGAGCUGCAGGCCCUGGGGAACCCCAAACAGGCUAUACUGUGUGGAAUAGAGGCACACGCCUGUAUUGCAUGUACAACAUUUGACCUGCUUGAAAAGGGAAUGGAGGUUCAUAUUGUGGCUGAUGCCGUCUCAGCUAGAAGCCAGACAGACCGUUUGUUUGCUCUGUCCCGACUGAAGCAGAGCGGCGCUUACCUUACCACCACAGAGGCUGUUCUGCUGCAGCUGGUUCAAGACGCUAAACACCCCAACUUCAAGGAGAUCCAGAGGCUUUUGGCCCACCCGUCCCCUGACACUGGCCUCCUCGCCCUCUUCAGCGGUCUGUAGGGAGACCAUCAUGUGUCAUUCUGUUCGAUAGAUACUGUACAGAAUUUCACUGUUUCCAACAUACUGAUAAAGUGCUUUAAUAAAGUGAUGCCUCUACUUAAAA